AUUAAAGUUUUUAUUUUAUUUUAUUUUAUUUUUUUUAUUAUAAACAGCCAUAAAAGAACUUUAAAUUCCAAGAAAUAUGGAGUUGAUUUGAUCCAUUAUACUCAUGCUACAAAUACAGCAAUACAUAGUUCAACAAAAGUAGACGAUACUAUCAGGUAUCUUUCACUUCAUGAUAAUAAGUAUAUCAGAUAUUUUCCCGGGCAUACUAAAAAAGUUGUUACAUUAUGCAUGUCACCAGUAGAUGACACUUUUCUUUCUGGAUCUUUGGAUAAAACAAUGAGGUUAUGGGAUUUGAGAUCUCCAAAUUGUCAGGGUUUAAUGCAUUUAACUGGAAGACCCGUGGCAAAUUUCGAUCCAGAAGGUCUUAUAUUUGCGGUUGGCGUUAAUUCCGAAGCUAUUAAAUUAUACGAUUUGAGAUCUUUUGAUAAAGGUCCAUUUAAUACAUUCCGUUUACCUCAAGACAAAGAUUGUGACUGGACAGGACUUAAAUUUGGCCCUGAUGGAAAAACAAUUCUGAUUUACACAAAUGGGCAAAUUUUACAUUUAAUUGAUGCAUUUCAUGGAACUCCACUUCAAACAUUUAUGGGACACAUAAACAAUAAGGGAUUAUCUCUGGAAGCAUCUUAUACACCAGAUUCUCAAUUUGUAAUAAGUGGUUCUACCGACGGACGAAUUCACGUGUGGAAUACGGAAACAGGAAUUAAAACAGCUUUGUUAAAUUGCGAUCAUACUGGUCCCGUGCAAUGCAUUCAGUUUAAUCCAAAGUAUAUGAUGUUGGCAUCCGCAUGUACAAAUAUGGCUUUUUGGCUUCCGACAAUUGAAGAAGUCUUCUAAAUUUUACAUCACAGGAAAUUUCACCACAAGCAAAAUGAAUUUUAUACAAAAGUGGAUGAACUGGUUCAGGAAAGACUUUUAUUUUUACAAAAAUUCAUUGAUAUGUACAUAAUUGUCAUUUGUGAAGUAUCAUUUCUUUAAUAAUUAUAUUUCACAUUUGUUGUCAUAAUUCUUCCAUUUGAAUAUCAUCAUCGAUGCACAAUAUUAUUUGGAAUUCAUUACAUUCACGUACAUUAUAUUUAAAAGCGGCCCUUGCUUACAUUCGAGAUAUCGGAGAGCGAGGUCGGCCCAUGUAUUUAAUGGUAAGAUUUAAUAAUCGAAAGUUUUAAUCUUCGAGUAUUAAAAUUAUCCGAAAAAUUGAAUUCAAUAAAUUAUUUUCCUAAGAUUUGUUUUAAUUUUUGUUUUUCGUAACUAAAAUGCUUGACGUAAAAACUGUAAGAAAUGUUUGAAUUAAGGGAUGGAAGCUUAAAAUUUAUUGUCUAAGAAAAACAUUUUAAUUCCAUUUGUCUUCCUCUCAUGUUAUUACAAUUAUUGGCCAUUUUCUGACAAAUUAGUAAAUGUAAUUUAUUGGUACGACCACAAAUAAUUCUUUUAAAAAAAAUUUUUUUUAUAAACUUUUAAAUUUCUUGAAAUUCUCCUAGCAUGGCCAAUUUUUGACACACAAAUACAUCUUCACGCAUAUUUAAAAUAACUACCCAAAAUUCAAUGCCGUCAGUCCGAUCUUUUACACUGAAAGUGUAAAUCGGGAGUGAAAGCGCACUAAAACGUAUUUUAAAAAAAUAUAUCGUUGAAGACGACAAUAAUUAAUCAAAAAAUUCACUCGUUAAAAAACACCGAGAGAUUAAAAUUACGACUUCGGAUUCGUCGGCAUUUGGAUUUUCGGUCCAUUCGAACUGUCGUCGUUUUGUUCUUUACGUUAUUGUAUAAAUGUUUUUUCCCCUUCUAAAAUAUGGAAAUCAUAGUCGACGUAAUAAUUUUACAUUAUUAUUUUGUUUUAUCAUUCAUAUUUUAUUUGUUUUUUUUGUAAAAAUGUUAGUUAGGUAUCAAAGUAUGUCAUUACAACAUACAAUUUCUAUAUGUCUAUACAACACACAUUUAUGUGGAUGUAUUUUAACAAUAUUGAAGGGGAAAAACUGCAAUUGUUUUCAUUACCUAUUAUUAAUAGAUAAUGUAAAAAAAUGCAAUAUUUUGUAUAAGUUCCUUUUCUUUUUAUAUAUAUAUAUAUAGANUUAUAUAUAGUGUAUAUUGUUCAUUAGAAUAAAUUUAUCCUUACAGAGUAUUAUUAACUUUGCCGAGAUUUUUAAUUAAUUGUACUUAAAAAACUGUAACGUUUUAAACAAAUUCAACUGAUUGCAUUAUAACUAAAAUUUUUAAUUUUUAUGUAGUUUUUUUACGUGUACAAAUGAAUAAAUAUUGUUGAAAUAGACUAUAGUAACUUGAUAUAAAUAUUUAUAACUUUGAAGCAUAAAAUGUCCCCCUGCAAAAGCAAUUAACAUCACAAUAAUAAACUAUGCAGUCGAGCAAAAACUUAAAAUUUACGACAUAUAGAUUCAUCCGUUUUAAAUGUUUUACCAUUUCUACAUAUAAUAAUAAUAAAUUAUAGAAUUUUCAUGACUUUAACCUCACAAAUAAUCAUUUUUACAUAUUUCUAAUCCAAUUUCUUCAAAACUGUUGAAUUGAUAAUUUAAUUAUAAUGUAAAUUUUGAUAAAUUGUAGGAAAAAGAAUUGAAAGAUGGAAUUUUUCUCGCAUGCGACGAUGCAAGUAAAUGGAACGUCCCGGUAUAGCGGCAAAUGUGCAUUUACCGAUAUGCGUGGAUUUUUGUAUGUCGUGCGCCAUAGGAGAUUGUGCAGAGAAGAAUCGGGGUAAGUGUACAAUUACGGUAAUCGCACAAAAUUCGUGCAUGUGAUAGAAUUACUUUCGACUGAUGCAGGCCCAGCUGCGUUCAUUAAUCGAAAGUGAUUCGACCAAACAAAUUCUUUGCAAUUAAUUUCCGUCUGACGACAUUUCGGGUCCGGAACGCCACGCACUCGUCCCAAUGCUUCUCCGUACGAUCUCCCGUGGCACAUGACUUACGACAAACCCUGUAUUAUAGAACGAAUAUGAGAAUAGUUUUAGAUACGGUACGAGCCGUGCUAGCUUGUAUCGGAACGAAACGUUUUUUAAUUGGUCUUCAUAUUUGAAAUUUGAUGCACAGAUAACAAAUUGUAGGUCGUUAAUUGUUGCUAAAUGAUAUCUGUUGAAUUUGGUUUCUACUUUACUGUCUUUUUAUAUUUCUAUGUAUCAAAUUAUUUUAUUUCUAAGCGAAUUAAUAAAAAUUAUAUCUACCUAUGUGUAAAGGUACUUUUAUGUUAGUGGUUUAGCUGUAUCAGUUUAAUAUGUAAUCGAUAUAAAUCCUCAGUUGGUGCCCCGGACCAAGCUUGGCCUGCAAAUUCAUUUGACGCGCCACUUAUAAAUGAUAUUUACUAAAAGUAAGGCCGUGUCUAUGGAAUACAGUACAGUGUUUUAGGUAGGAGGACCACAAACUUAUUUGCAGUUUGUUUAUCGAUCGAAAGUUUUGGCACCGCCGUGUAAACCGAUAUCGUUACACGUAGGAUCCAGAUGAUAAUUUUUGGCAGAUUUUAAAAUGUAAACACUUAAAAUACAUGUUUCAGUAGAAUGAUUUCUAUUAUUCAAUUUAUUAAUAUCUUAUAUAUAAUGUUAAAAAGAGAACAAUUCUCUUAGUAGGUGAAGUAUUAAAAUAAUUAAUUCUUUUAAUAUUCACUGCUACAUAAUUUUGCUUCUAGUCUGUUAUUGUGACGCAUUACGAUUGUUGCCGAUAUGAUGUGUAAGUGGGAUUUUAACUGCAUUAUACGGCAGUCCAAAAUCUUUUCUGUAAUGAUACAAUAAGAAAAAAGUCUGCCACAAAAAAUAAUAAUUUAUUAUUAUUAUUCAACCGAUGUAAAAAGAAACUACCAAUCUUUUUUUUUUUUUUACUAAAGGUUUUAACACACACAAAUUCUUCAAGUGUUAAUUUUGAUUAUUAUUUGAACUAUCCUUGUGUUAUUAUAAUGUGUGCUGAUAGGUACGUGCCGUAUUUUUGUGCCCAUAACCCGCAUGUUAUCCGUGUUUAAGACGAUUUUAAAUCACAAUUGCAAACUUUCACCGGGUUAUACGCACAAAAGUACAGUAGUAAUUCGUUUCUUAUUACUGUUAUAAAUUGUCACUAACACUACUUAAGGUCUUAAUACCUAUUCUAUGCUCAAGGCAUUCUUUGAUCUUUUGAGAAAAUUAUGCCCCCUUUUCUGCAAGGUAACUACGUAUAGGCGAGCAAUCGUCCGUCGUUACUCGAAAGAA